GAUUAUAAUGAUAAUGAUCUGGAUUUUGUUUAAUCUUUGCCUUUCAGGAUAAAGGUUUCAUGUUCAAAUCCCUCGUAUCAACCAACGUGCACGCAAUUAUUUGUGCUUCUUUCCUGUUAGAAAGGAAAAGCGGCUCUUUUCCAACAAAUCCACUCACCAUCUCUUCAAUAAUUCAGAAACAAAAACAACAUUACGGGGAAAGUUUUUCCCACCCUGACCUGCCCUCUGCUUUCUGGUAGCAACACAAGUUCCCUCUCUGCUUUAAUCAGUGUUUAUUUCGUAUUUUAUUUGCAUUUAUCAUGUUGCUUUUCCUAGAAAAGUAAGGCUACUAAUCCCACUGUCAGUUUUUAUUAACUACAAGGUAUGUUAAUAGAUCAUUCUAGGUCCCAAAAAUACAGUACGAUUGAACAUUAAAAAUCUAACCUAACCAUCAUUAGCACAAAUCUAAUAUUAAUUUGAUUCUCUAAUUAUAAUAAUAAAAGGGUCAGCAGGGAUGUACAGAAUCAGCAUGGCAAUUCUCAACCAUGGCAUGUACCGUCACAUCCUCAUUGUGUAUCACAAUGCUAUUGCUGCCCUUGUUCUGUCCCCUUUUGCUCAUCUUCUCGAAAGGAGUAAGAGUGGCUUGUCCCAUAAACACUGGCUAGCUGGGACAGCAUUGAUCCUUGUAGGCUGCAUUGCCUGGUCCUGUUUCUAUGUUCUACAAGGAAUGGUAAGCUCUGGCAUAGCAUACCAUGUUCAAGGCCUAGUGUUGAAAGAAAGAGGUCCUGUAUUUGUCAACGUCUUUAACCCCCUUUGCAUGAUCAUGGUAGCAGUUCUUGGUUCUGCCAUUCUUGGCGAGCAGCUUCACCUUGGAAGCAAGGAUUACCCUGUGCCACCACAAUCUCCUGAUGCCCAGGAAAUCCCAAUUACAACAGCUGGUGCUACUAACGGUAAUCAGCAAUCCACACAGUAAGAUGUUUUCUUACUGUCUAUCAGAAAACUUGCCCCCCACAUGUUUCAGCUGUGCAUAAGAGCCUGUGAUCAUGGCAUAAAGAAAUUAUGAAGACAAUUAUAACUUUCCUCUCAUGCCACUCGAAGAAUUAAACGAGAGUCCAAGACAUUUUCUUCCCUGUGCUUUCCACCAUGGCAACAUUACUUCAUCAGUGUGGGGGCAUUGUGAUUGUGCGCCAUAUAUUAAAAAUAAUCAAUAAUGUAAAAUAUUGUGC